AUGGAUGCUGCAGAGCAUGCAGGCACUGAGAAGUCCCAGACUGGACUCGGCAGCAGACAGGAACCAGACUCAAGAGGCUGGAUUCAGGAACUGGAUUCAGGAACUCACAGAGAGGGACUGAGGGCAGAAGAAGAGAGAGAGUCCUUCUCAGAUGUGAGCUUUAAUCCUCAAGACAAUGCACAGGUUUGUCUCACUGGAAAUGGCUUUUUUAAACUUUUUAAGUACACUGAAGGAGCUUUGAAGCAGAUUAAUUUACAAAAGGGAGCGCCACAAAACUACUUGUGUCACGCCUGGCUCUCUGAGGAGGAAGUUAUAUGUGGCACUGACACAGGCAAGCUUAUCGUGUUUAAAAGUGGAGAGCUGCACUGGGAGACAAGUGUGGAGUACAAAAAAACACCCAGCGAACUAGAUGUAACAGCAGAGGAAUAUGAGAGUUCUUCUCCUGUCUCUUGUGAACCGGCCUCUGAUAAUAAUGGUUCACAACAGGAUUUUUUGCCUCAAAUAACUGCAAUCGCGGCUUAUUCCAGAGGUUUUGCAUGUUCAUCUAGCCCAGGAGUUGUAGUUUUGUUUGAGAAGACCAAGGAAAAGGAACUCUACAAGGAGAGUCAAGAAAUCUGGCUUCCUCGGGACCUGUUCAGCAGCGAGCCAAUAAAGUCUGUCAGACAGGACAUUAUAAGUAUAUGCUUCAGCCCUUCUGAGGAAAUAAUGGUUGUUCAAACAAAUAAAAAUCAGCUUUACAUGUUUACUAUGCUCACUGCCAAUCUUACAAAGGAAAAGGCAGCUUAUUUUGCAUAUCUGAAUUUCCCACUGCAUUCUGCUUCCAUCACUGGGCUGGACACCUGUAUUUGGAAACCCAUUCUUGCUUCUUGUUCCCUGGAUAGAUCUGUCCGCAUCUGGAACUACAAGACAAACACCCUGGAGUUGUAUAAGGAAUUUCAGGAGGAAGCAUACACAGUAUCACUUCAUCCCACUGGCCUUUUCUGUUUGGUUGGGUUUUCUGAGAAACUACGAUUUAUAAGUUUACUGUAUGAGGACAUGCAAGUUUUCAAGGAGUUUCCUGUAAGAAAGUGUAGAGAGUGCUCAUUCAGCAAUGGAGGCCAUCUUUUUGCUGCAGUUAAUGGAAAUGUGAUUCAAAUUUAUUCCAGCAUCACCUUUGAGAAUAUUAAUAAUCUGAAAGGACACAGUGGGAAGAUACAUGCACUUAAAUGGAGUGCAGAUGAUGCUAAAGUUGUCUCCUGUGACACACAUGGGGCUGUAUACGAAUGGAACUUGCUGGAAGGUAAAAGGGAGUCAGAGUGUGUGCGCGAGUCCUGUAUCUACAGCAGCAUUGCCCUGUCUUCUGAUGCCAAAAUCAUCUUUGCUGUUGGAUCUGACCAAACUCUCAAGGAAAUUUCAGAGUCUUUGAUCCAGCAUGAAGCGCCUACCUUUGGUGUUGUCUGCACUGCUGUAGCUGCUUCUCAUUCUGGGCACAUGGUUUUUGUUGGUACAUCUCUGGGGACAAUUCGAGCUAUGAAGUACCCAUUACGUUUAAUGAGGAAUUUCAAUGAGUACUGGGCCCAUGCAGGUGCUGUGACAAAGAUGUCUGUAACAAAUGAUGACUUAUUUCUGCUGACUGCCUCAGAGGAUGGCUCUAUAUUUAUCUGGAAAGUACGUGAAGAUGGAAGUGGGAUACUGAAACGCGAAAAGGAAGUCAAGUAUGCUGAUGAAGUGCUGAUCACGAAAUCAUAUAUAGAAAAGAAG